CAUUGUCGCACCAGAGCCGCGGAACUUCCACUCAGGGCGAAUUACAACCUCCGAGGGCACCGUAGCGAAGCAAGUGAUACUGGUCAAGUGGAAUGAACCGUAUCAAAAGUUGGCUUCGUGCGACAGUUCGGGUGUAAUCUUCGUUUGGAUCAAAUACGACGGACGAUGGAGUAUAGAAUUAAUCAACGACAGAAACACACCUGUUACGCACUUCUCCUGGUCCCACGACGGUCGCAUGGCUCUUAUAUGUUACAGGGAUGGCUUCGUACUGGUCGGCAGCGUCGCCGGUCAAAGGUACUGGUCGUCAAUGCUCAACGACAAAGCGACGAUAACUUGCGGCAUUUGGACUCCGGACGAUCAGCAGGUCUAUUUCGGGACGACUGCGGGCCAGUUAAUCGUGAUGGACGUUCACGGGGCUAUGGUGUCGGAGGUACAAUUAGCGGCCGGGGUUACGUCGAUGGCCUGGAGCGCCGAGAAGUUCACGAUGGAGGAGGACGAAACGUGCGAUCGAUCUCAGAAAGAUGACCGGAAUUACGUGCUGGCCGUUUGCCUCGCUGACGGCAACAUCGUCAUGCUGCGAUCGUUCGACGACGUGUCGCCGAUUACGAUACGCAGCAAUCUGAAGCCGCCCCUGCACGCCGAAUGGAGCAACUCCAGGAAACUGUUGGCCAUCGCCGGCACGAAGGAGUCGUCCGACCAGAGUAGCUCGCAGGAAUACACGAAUCUCCUAAAGUUUUACUCGGUCAACGGUACUCUCGUGUACACGACGGAGAUUCCGUAUACGCAAUGUCCCGUAUCGGCGUUGACAUGGGGACACAAUGACAGGCGGCUUUUCGUGGCAACCGGAGCGCGCGUCCACGCCGCGUGGGUCUCCAGAAGAGUCGGUUCGCUUCAACUGUUGUCGAGACUAGCGGUGAGAGCGGCACUCACGAGGGAGUCAAGUGUUCAACAUCUUCCAUUACCGCCGCGACUGAGAGCCUCGGUGGCCGCCCUUUUCGCUAAUACGAUACGAUGCUCGGUGCCGGAACCGAGAGAGUUGCGACGCUUCGUGUCAAGGCCGCCGCCGGGAGGCAGCCGGUUGCAUUGCACCAUGCUCAGGCACGCCGUGGAGCCUGUGCCGUGUUACACGCUGUAUCUGGAGUACCUGGGCGGUCUCGUGCCACUUUUAAAGGGCAGACGGACCAGCAAGAUACGGCCCGAGUUCGUAAUAUUCGACCCGCAGAAUCAGGAGACUCUGCAGGUGUUCGACGAUACGUCGCAGUGCCCGUCGUACAGCGACGGCUCGGACACCGAGAAGGACACCGCGGAUUUGUGCGGAUCGCCACGCUACAGAAAGAAGAACAGGAAAAGAAGGGAGGAGAGGACGAGCGACGAAACGACGGAUCGGGAGGAAAAGCCGAACGAUCUCUCAUAUGUGGAUACGUUGCCAGAGCACGCGAGGCUGGUCGAGGUAACGUCGAACAUCUGGGGCACGAAAUUCAAGUUUCACGGCUUGGCAGAUUCGGUUCCCGCUAACCUAGGUCAGGUAACAUAUCGAACGUCGUUGUUACACCUACAGCCCAGGCAAAUGACGCUCGUGAUGACGGAGCUCCGGGACGAUUUGCCCUCCGGUCCAGAUCCGACGUUCAACCCCAAUCUGUUCUCCGAGGACGAGGAGGAGUCGUACCAGGAAGCAAGCUCGCGGGCCACCCCGGAGGCGCAACCGCCGCCGAUCGCGCCAAUGACUCCUCGUAACGCUCGGCUGAACCACCCGAAUCGGCCGAAGUCUCAAAUUUCGAAUCAGUUCCUGACGUCGGAGACCCUGCCGACGUCGCUGGGAAAAAUCGAGAGCUACGAGAGCGAGUACGUUCCGUACGUGGAUCUUCAGGACAUGGGUAAUCUGUACGAGAACAUCAGAAACGCCCCGACGAACACCUACCGGACGCCGCCGAGGCACAAUCCGCCGAGGUGCUGCGACGUGCCGGCCCUGCAGUCGCCGAAAAACGCGGUGGCGCCCACGCAAACGUUAAUAGCGACCUCGAACGCGGGUGCCGACUACGCCAGCAGUAUUCAGAGAAUGAAGAACGCCCUGGCGGACCAGCAAGCGGGCAUGGCGACGAAGAAGGAACUGGAGAACAAUAAGCUCAAUCAAAUCUCGCAGGACGACAAACCGUGCCUGACGUCGGCCUGCGCGACGAAUAUCAUUUCCGUGUCCAUGCAAAAUGGCCAGGCCUUGAACGCGGAGGCGUCAAGCAGUCGGUACAUCUCCCAAGGCCCGGUUUCGAACGGUCUCGAGAGCAUCGAUUGCGCCUCGGCGCAGACCGUGUAUCUGAACGGUCUAAAUAAUAUCGGGUGCGCGAGCAACGUUUUGACUGCGCCGCACCCCGUCAGCGGCGUUCAAACGACGAUGUCGCCGAGCGCUCAUAGUUUUGUACAUAAUAAGAAUAAUCAAAAUACCGGGGCGAGUACGGCGGGCGCCAAUACGACGCCUACGAAUAGCUCUCAACUCGGGCAGGCUUCGAGUCUGGCUCUUAAUAAGAACGGCAUACACGGAGUUGUUUCGCCGGCGUGUUCCUAUCAGUUCCCAGAGAAUAUCGAUCAGUGCUUCGGGUCGUCGCAGUGUUCGCAGUGUUUCUCAAAGAACAAAGACUCCAAGUGUCACGUGUGCUACGGAAAGACGAAUCCCGGCUACGUGAGCGCCGCGAUUCCCGCUAACAUUAAGCUCGACGACGAUUUGAUGCGAUUCAGCGACGAUGAGCCGCGCGACGAUAUGGAGGCGUUGGGGCAGUCGCGGGGGGUUCAUAGAACCUCGACGGUCAUCAGCAUCGGUCCGAUGUGCUCGAACGACUCGAUAGUUCGAAGCUGCAGCGUCGGAUACCUGGAUCUGGUGGACGCCCAGUUAGUCCCGUGCGACGUCGCCCUGCGAAUGCUGCGCAGGGACGCGCCGAACAAGCGGCUGGUGCUGGUGUCGCGGAAGACGAAACGGCGGAAAAAGGCCAAGCCUCAGCACGACAUGAAUCAACCGAGCUCGAAGCCGCCCAGACUCCGCAACUGCGGCAAGUCCAAGAGUCUCGAUUCCAGCGAUAUAUUUCCGAGUAACGAGCAGAUAUCCUCUCCGCCGCAAUUGCCGGAACACGUGGAGGAGGCAACGGGGAUACUCAGUUCCGAAGUUACCGAGGACGGCGUGGCGAAGAGCAACGAAUCGACAGAAUCGCCGAAAGAGGAGACGCGUGAGGUUGCCGAUAAAUGCGAGGAAAGCAACGAAAGUAACGUCGUUUGCGAAGCUCAAAGGGAAAAGCCAGGCCGAUUAGAGGCCACUGCAUCUCCCGUCAAAGGAUCGAGCCCGAGUGGAUCUUUUGCUUCCUCGCUCGACGGUCUCGCCGCGAGACUUCGCGAUUUCGACGAUAAUCAUUCUUUGCCCCCUCCGUCUCCUCGACCAUCAUCAAGAUUGCCGAGGAGUUCACCUAGUAGUCCAGCGCCGUCUAAGAAGGGCAAGAGACCAGCGUCAGCCUCUCCAAUCCGAAGAAGACUUUUGUCGAGUCCGUUGCUGAAUAGAAGAAUGAGAAAGAGUCGCGGCGAGAGCUCGGACGAGGAGGGCCUCAUCCAAGACGAUUCGUCGACGGCGAGUUAUCGAGACCUAGAAACGUUCCAGAAAGCCCAGCUACGUCAGAAGCUCAAGCAGAGAGGAAUGGGAAUUUCCGGAUCCAAGCCGGAAGCGAUAAGGCGCGAUGCACAGUUGGUGAUGCACAACAAAGCACCCAUGUGGAACGAGUCCAGUCAAGUGUACCAACUCGAUUUCGGUGGCAGGGUGACUCAAGAAAGCGCCAAGAAUUUUCAGAUCGAAUUCAGGGGCAGACAGGUGAUGCAAUUCGGAAGAAUAGACGGCAACGCGUACACGUUGGAUUUUCAAUAUCCGUUCAGCGCUUUGCAGGCGUUUGCCGUUGCCCUGGCGAAUGUCACGCAGCGGCUUAAGUAACUGUCACUCUCCAACACGUCGAAGUUAUACGGUGAAAGAAAUGCUAAGAAGCUGCAAGAUGCCUGCAUUUGGGAGGCGCGCGUCUCGAAGAGUCGAAGAAUCGGAAAUGGUCGAUCCUAAAUUGGGAUGAAAGUCUGCAAGAUUGUUCGAUCGUCAGGAUCGUGCGAAGCUCGAUUCGCCAGUCGCGAUUCGUCCGGUGAGAAUGGUAUCGGUGGACACACAUUUUUGAUGACAACGGCUGACCGACUCGCGUAACUUUUCAACUGCGCGCCGAUCCUACCGUGGCCGGGGAAAGGAUCACAUAGACCCAAGGAAAUCGCUCGGCGAUUUUUGUCGAGAUUUGGGCAAAUCGAUGUGCAAUGAGCUAAUGAGAUAUACGCUAAUUCGCGAGUGCAGUUUCGAGCGAUUUGAAUUUGAGUGGAACACAAAGAUUUUGCGGCAGCUAUGUAACGUUUCGUUGAACGCUUCUUCGUCGUACCGUCCAAAAUAUUUCGUUUCUCCCAACUUCGAGCGCUCAUUUUUGUAUAGUUUAUGCGACACGUUGGAGUCUAGCGACGCUGUUAAAGGUUCACCUCGUUCAUUUUUGCGGUCCGCCGGGUGUGUAUUCGAAUUUUAUAUACAUAUACUAUAUAUAAAUAUAUGACAGACUCGCACGGCUGCGGGCGACAGUUUCAUGUUGUUCAAUUAAAUGUUUCUUAACGCGUAUGGUGAAAAUAACGAUAAUAAUGGUAACGAUAAUGAUAAUGAUAAUAAUAUUAAUAAUAAUAACGAUAAUAAGAGUAAUGAUAGUAACGUAACAUUUGACGUCCGGCCUGUAAUGUGGUCUUCGCCAUUAAAUGAUAACAGGACAGACUAAAUCCUAAGAGCAGAGGGGAUCGAAAGGUCAGAGCGAAAGUAAUGCACGUGUAUAUGCGAGCGUAUGCGACGGGAUAAAACGUCGUUGUCUGUAAUACUUAAUCCUUAGUCGCAUGAUCACCGUGGUGCUCACUUCGUCGGUUUCAUAUUCAUAGCGCGAACGCGAUCGAUAUCAGGCCUAUUAGGUACACAAGUGCUGCUACCAGCGAAAAAUAUACGCCGCGUCGAGCUCCGUGACGAGAAGGGCGCUCCGAGACAAGAAGGAACGGUAAUAUUCUGCGGUACAUGCAUCGUAGAUCGUAUCACUCUCUUCCCUUCGUUGCUAUACGCAUACGACAACAUACAGAUCAUCGAGGGAGUAAUGCGAAAUCGCCGUGUAAAUUUCAAGAUCGGCAAGGGAAACUCAAGAUUUUCAUACGGGAUCUGUUUUUCGGUGCAGAUUUAAACGGCAUUACCGAAUUGACAGCUCUAUUUGAUACGCGAGUCGCGCGUCUCGAAUUCACGCUGCAUUCGCACCUUCACCUUCGUGACGCUCCACUCUCACGGACGACGUUAAUGACAGCGUUUUGUAGAGAAUCAUAUAUUCUCGCCGGGUAUUCGCUAACUAAUCGUCGAAGUACAGAACGGUAGGUCGUACGAUUAAUCCAUUUUUUCUAGUCGUCCUUAUCUAUUAUCUUUAAUUCCCAUUCGUGAGCCGCGGCAAGUAAUCGUAACACACGAUCGAAGGCGGCUUUACUUUAACGUAAAUGCCGCGAACGCGAAUCGCGAGCUCGUGCAGCGACGCAGGUGGCUUCAAGAUGUAUUCAAUCGAGUUCGCUGGAAUGUAGACUAGGUCAGAAUGAUGAGACUUUCUCGGAAAUCGCGUGGUUUCCCGAUAAAUGGGCGCCAGGUCGACCGGCACGGGUUCGCGAGCACUUCGUAUAGAACGACAGAGCGAAGGAUUUUGUAUUUUCCAUAGCGCAGAUUUCUCUUUCACUCGCGAGCGCGCGCGGUGUAUCCGCCGGAGAAAGUUUAUCUUCAUCCGAUUAGAAUUUUGUAUUCGAGCGACACAGGCACAGGAGAUAUUUUUUUUCUCGAACAAAAAGAAAACGGAGGAAUCAUCGAGUCAGUUAUCCCUAAUCGGUGAACGAGAGGCGAUAUUGCAACCGGGAAAAAAAAGUUGGUAUUAUACGCGCGCGCGAUUUGAUUAGCAUCUCAUUCCGCCAUCCGAUAUCGAAAUAUAUCUCGUUUGCGUUGCGCGAAAAUGUUGUAUCCUCAGCCGAGCAAAACGGACUUGAGUCACCCAAAAAAUAAAACGGAACAUAAAUAAUGCGUUACGUCAUAUCAUACGGCCCCUCCGAGAGGUGCUCCUUGAAUAUGCAAUGGGCAAAUAGGCAGCGGUUUUUUGCAAAUUGAAGCAAUCACGAGUGAAUCGCAAAAUCCCACGUAAUAUGGCGUGUGCACUUUUGCGAUUAAUCGACAGAAUUCUCAUAAAAUUAUAUACGAAUGCCGCGUAAAUUACAAAUUACAUCGCGUAAAGGUAGCUCCAGACUGGCAAAAACGAUCGUGAAGAAAUAUUCACGACGAUCGUAACGACGACUUUUUCUAUGACGCACCGAGAUAAGAGGCGAUACAUUUAUCCGUCGAUGUAAAAUUCGAGCUUCUUCGCGACAUCUCAUCCAAACAAUUCGUCCCUUCGUGCUCAUUCCGGUUUCCCGCUUAGCCUGAAUUCGCCUUACGAUAAGACGUUUUUCUAGUCAAAUAAUCGACGCUGUGAUUGUCCGCACGCAUAAAGCGAGACAGAGAUUUACGUACGAUUCUCCUUGUAAAUCCUCGUGGGACUUUCUUAGCGCAGCUAUUAGAAUCGCGCGACGCUUUCAACGCCGGUAAAUAGAGUGCCUACAUUUGCAUUUGACACGAAACCGCCUAUUUAUUAAUGCGCAGCGAUUAACACUCGAGUUUCAGCGGCGCAAACAAUGAUGUGAACGGCCCAUAUCUCCCGCCUCCGGAGAGCUUGUCGUUAUUUCCGCGCGUUAUACACUCCACGUUUAGACUGCGCACCGCGUUUCCCCAAGUUACGAUAAAGAAGAAAAAGAAUCCGGGAUUGAUGCGCGAAAUGGUGACCCAAUCCUAUCGUUUGUCUCACCCGCUCCCCCCUGGGCACUUAACCGUGACUAAGCUCCAAACUGUUCGGCCUAGCUCCUCUAGUUAAUCCACAUAUGUUAAUACCCUCUCCUCCUGUGUUGGAUGCUUCAUUUCUCUCCUCUCAUCGAUGUAGCGAUUUAUAAUUGUGCUUGAAGGAAGAAAGAGUAAGAACGCUGUCAUGUAAAUUUCACGACUGAGUAUAUCUUAAGGAGACGAUAAUUCCACACACACAACACACACAUACACACACACACACACACAUGCACACACACACACACACACACACACACUGUGUCCGAUUGGGACGAGUUCUCUCGUACGAACGCGAUACAUAUUGUUAAUUCAGUUCUUGCCUUAGUGCUAACGAUAAUUCUGUAUAUGUGCAAUGUAAUUUUGUUACCAAGUACAUUAUACGAUUAUCGACUAUUUGUAAAUAAAAAAAAAGAAAAACUA